CUAUUACCAGUUUAUUCAGAGUUGAGAAGAAUAUGGACCCUCUCGCUGGGAAAUAAAGUGUGGAUUCCAAUCAAACAUACCGCAAUCGAUCUGCAUUGCACGCAGCGCCUAGCACCUGACCGAUUUUUCAACUUCAGAACGGCUGUGUUUUCUUCAUUUCUAUGAGCCAGCGAAUUCAAAACCUCUACAUUGCAAGAUUAACGACAAACGAGCGACCGUGCUAUAUAUGUAGCAAAUUCACAGCAGUCGUAUUGACAUUGGCAGACAACAGUAAUCUCGACUGGUUUUACAUCUGUCGGUCGCAUUUAGGCGAUACCAACUUUUGCACUCGUGUCGGUGGGUCGAGUGGGACAAAAUCGGCUCCGUCUAGCCCAAGGGCAAAGAAACGCUUCGAGGACCGUCCUCCAGAAAGUGACAGUGUCUCAGACCUGGUGGCCAGCAUAGGCUCGGCAUGGAAUUCAUGGCGGAAAAAGCCUUCGCAGGACGAUGACGAUAAAACUAGCAAGGACAAGAAGGAUGGCGAGGACGGGGAUAAAAGAAAAAGUGACGAUGGUGACAAGAAAGAUGCAAAGGAGAAACAAGACAAUGAAGACAAGCAAAAAGGGGAAGAUCAUAAGGAUGACAAGACGGAAGAGCCCACCACGCCGAAAUCGCCGCAACAGCCCGUGCGUUUUGUGCUAAACAGGGACUAUUUCUAUAUGCGACAACGGGAAUACACUCGCAAGAUUCAGAAGAAAGAAGCAACCGACAAAUUGAAGGAUUUGGAGUUUCCAGAAGUACCCAAAACUCAACCAAAAUAAACAAAAUUAAUGCUUGGCCUUUGUUGACAAAACAAAAGAAUUUGUGUAAAUGGGUUGGUUAUUUAGUUCGUUGGCUCGUCACCAUAACACGUCCCUAUGGUGAUAACUAUGGCACUAUAGCACCAAUCUGCUACAAACCAUUGACUGUAAUGGAUUUUACAAAGCCUUUACUAUCCAAAAGCAUUUUCUAUCAGAUGGAAGAGUUAUCUGCUGUAAGCAUUGCAAUUGUUCGCACCCACUUAAUGCAAUCUGGUAGGUCUGCCGGCUGUGUGACUAUGUCUGAAAUUUACUGGCGCCCGCGGGGAGGGGAUAUUCCCUGUUGGCCAAUCCGCGAAAUCAAGAUUCCCCCUCUUUGUA